AUGAUCCACCAAAGGGAAGCACUGUGCUACCUGGCAAAUAGGUUUUUGAUAUCAAAUGUAACAAAGAAGACUACAUUACCGAGUUCAGAGCUCGAUAGGUCAUCUGUGAGACUAGGUUUCGACUUUGACGAUACCUACGCUCCUGUAGCACGGCUAGAGAGCACAAGACUAUUCCUCUCUAUAAUUGACUACACGACUACCUAUCUUAAUGCCCUGAUUAACGAGAGGUGCGUCUUUAUAAGAUCACCUACGGGGUAUAAGACACCGGGCAAAGUUUGUAUGAUUAACCAGGCAAUUAUGAAACGAUCAAACAGCAAUUGGAGAGUCUUAGAUUUUAACAACUGUCUGAUGAAAGAUAUAUUUUUUGGUAUAAGGGGAAGAAAAUCUGCAUAUGGAGAGGACGUUGGCAAGGUUGGCUGGUUGACCAUGAGAACCAGGCUAGAUAUAGCCUUUGCUCUUUUACGCUAUCUGAAAGGCGCUCCGGAUUAUGGAGUUAAAUUGGCAGUUAAGGAAGAUGGUUUGAUUGGCUACGUUGAUUCUUCGUAUAACGACUACGAAGAUGGCAAAUCAACUGAGGCCUACAUUUUCUACUAUACCGGAGCACCGGUUUUAUAG